AGGGAACGUUCGAAAGUAAACGCGCGCACUCAUCAUGCGCGUAUUCUCCAUCGAAAGUAUCUCGAAAGUGUCUCGACAGAUGCCCCUCGUUCACUUUCCUCUCUCGUAGGUUUACGGCCUGUCAGCUGCGGCAAUUUCUCACUGCCGCAUCAAUCUCUUCAUCGCCACCUCGCAUCACAUUACUCCACCGAGAAUUACGAUUUAUUUCUACAAACAUUUCGCCAGUACAUUUUGUCUGUUAAUUUAUACGCAAACGGAUUAAAAUUACAUAUUACACGAGAAGGCCGAACUUUAUGAUUUUAUUCGCGGCAAUAAUUUACGCGUCGAGCUUAUAAAAAUUGCAUCUAGCAUAGCUACAUUUUCGCGAUUGUAACGUUUGGUAAAUGAAACCGCGCGGACAUUUGCGAGGCACAAGGCGCACGUUGAUAUUUCUCGAAUUCGUGUCAGGGAGAAAGUAUUUGCGCCUCAUCGUGAUGCAAAUAAAUAAUGACUUGUAAAAUUUACACGAACGCGUCGCUCGAAUGCAAUCUCUCACUUCUUGAUUUAUUACGCUUUUUUGUGUGUCAAGCUUUAAUGCAAUUGCCCGAAACCCGCACAUCUAUUUCAUCUGUUUGUUGCGUACUGUAUUUCCCGGGAAAGUUUAACCAGCACGUAUAUUUUCUACAAGAACUUCGUUCGAUCGAGGGUGAACGGAUCGUAAUUAAUCUAAUCGUGACGGUGCGAUAUUCGCGUGCCAUUGUAUCGCUUUAGGCGCUUCAGGUAGAAAUGGAAGGGAUGAUAUAAAAGAAAGUUUCCUGCUCGUAGACUCUCGAGUUUUCAGUCUCGAGCUGUUCAGAAUUCGUUGAGGUGCGCGUGAACGUUUGACCGCGUUCAAGGUCCCCGCGCAUUAAUUAAUCAAUCCCGAAAUUCGUAUUCUGCUCGGAACACGCGAGUGACACUUACGACCUAGAAUCGGAAAACCCAAGUGUGAUACUGAAACGACUGUACAAACGACUGUGCAUCCUUCAAAUACGUGAUUUUCGAUUGCACAGCGAUUGCAACACUGACUCGCGUAUACACGCGAGAAAUCGCCAUGUAUAUUUGAUUUGUUCAUUAUUCGCUCGGGGAAAAAUGAUCGAUAAAGCGACAAGAAUCAUCGAACAACAGGAUUCUGCAUCGUUUCGUGAAACGAGCGCGUGUUUAUGUAAUUAGUAACUUAAUUAAAAUGGAUUCAGAGUGAGACCGGGAGAGAAAGAGGGAGUGUGUGUGUGUAUAUAUUCGAGUGGCAACGGGCAUUCAUAUUAAUUAAGAGAAAUUUUAUUCUGCAUUACACAUGAAAAUGCAGGUGUCCGUGAUAGUUGCGCUCGUCGUUUUGUCCUUGGAAAUCGUGGAUGUCAGCGAAGGCUACAAGGGCGUUAGACCGUACAAGUAUUACAGUCCUCGGCCUUGGCGGCCACUGCGGUGGCAUCCGCCAGCGAAAAGUCCGAAGCGCUAUCACGCUAAAAGAAGACCGACGUACAAGUCUCGCCCUUACGAACCGGAACAUCACAGGUACGCGCCGCAUUACCAGGACUCGGUGGACGUGUCCGAUGACGACAAACCCUACGUCAUAGUCAUACAGCUUCCGCGGAGAAAAGAAAAGCUCAAGAAACGUCCUUAUCAGCGUGCUCACGUCAUAAAACCCUCCGAACACGAGCGAGAGAUCGAUUAUAUCGACGACGACAACGACAACGUCAACAACGACAACUAUGACAGCUAUUAUGACAGCUACGGUGACGGGUACGACGACGGCGAGGUAAAGGUCUUUCGGCUCGAUAACAAUAAGGUGCACAUCAAGGUAAACAAUAGAUUGUCAGUUCUUACCUCGUGACACAUGCAUAGUACGCGCGUGACUUGUAAUUACCUGCGUGACUUACUAAUUUCAUUAACAAUCUCUUAUUCGUUGACAACGAAACGACCGAUUCUCGCAAUUGAAUCUUAGUUUUGACAUUUAUGUAGCUUUACGUUCGUUAUAUAUUUUGUACUUUAUAUAUUUAUAACUGCCCAGGCGUCGCCCGGGUUGUCACAAAGUAUUAAGAAGAUGAAAUCAUGGGGAGGAGGCGGGCUGUGUUCAAGUUUUAUGAUAGCCUAUAUUUUCCGCAAGGUCCUAGAGAAUAACUAUGCAAAAUUUGGUCCAGAUCUGUCAAAAGGUUUAGAAGUUAAUAGAGAACAUACAGACAAGCAGACAGACAGACAUUCUAUUUUAUAUAUAUAUAUAUAUAUAUAUAUAUAUAUAUAUAUAUAUAUAUAUAUGUGUGUGUGUGUGUGUGUGUGUGUGUAGAUUAAAAUCUUCUGUAAUCAGAGACGUCUAAGAGAAAUAAUUUAUUCGUAGAAUUGUAUUAUCUGCUUAUUAGAAAUAAGCGAUGUGCAAGGAAUUUAUGUUUGGUUCUGUUUUGUUCCUAUCAAGCAAUUACGUGCAAUUUGUUUUUAUAAACAAUUAAGGCUUUUAAUUCGCCGUUAUUAAGGACAAUGCAAAUAACAAUGAGGACAUUGUAAUAAAGACGGAAUAAUAUCUCACGUUUCUCCAUGUAGUUUUUAUUUUCUAACACAAUAGUCAACGAACAUAUUGUAAUUGUAAAUAAUAAUAAUAAUAAUAUACAAUAUCGUCGUGAUGUUGA